AGAGCAUGGUAUAAAUAUCGCGAUCAUGCUUAUGAGUUAGUUCAGUCGUAUCAGUGGAAGAAUCAUAAAUGUGAUUUAGAGGAGAAGAUAUCCGAACAGAUAUAAGAUUUGUAACGACGCGACCUGGGCCAUCGAUUGCUCUGUUUUUGUUGAUAUUCUAUUUUUGCUCAUAUAAUUUUGUAAGCGGACGUUAUCAACAAUGCCUCAGAAUCAUAUUGAACAAGUGGUAUUGGCGCGAAGGCUUGAGUCAAGCGUCACUGUCAAUUUACUUGGUGCAUCUGUGACGUCACUAAUGAUGAAUGGUGUGGAAAGGCUGUUUUUAAGUAAGUCAACGGUAUUGGACAACAAAACACCAAUUAGAAGUGGUGUUCCAUUAUUGUUGUCUCACGACCCAGUACACGAUUUCUUCAGAUCAUCACAAUGGGUUCUCACAGAACAAAAUAAGUAUCCCAAUGGUGACGUCAACGCAUCAUUUUCUCUGGAAGACAGCGAAAACACGAGAAAACACUGGGACCAAAGAUUUAAGGCUACAUUAAAGAUCUCACUACAGAAGAAGGAAGUCACAUUUGAUUACAUUAUCGAAAAUAAAGAUUCCAAACCUUUCACAUGCUCUCCUAUGCUUCAAAAUCAUUUCCUUGUUGAUGACGUCACAAAUACAUCAGUUUUGGGACUUCAAGAAGCAGAUUCUUCAGAUGAGAUAAAUUACAGUUUCACAACAUCAGAGUGCGGUGACAGAGUCUCAAUUGAUGGCCCACAUAACAGUGUGUACAGCAAUACAUCGUCAGAGCACGUACUGAAGAAUACACAAGACAGUGCUUCACUUUUCAUCCGAAAAUGGAACUUACCAGACACGGUCGUCUGGAAUCCAUGGGAGGGGACCAACCAAGGUAGUCAUGACGUCACAAGUGAUGAGUACAAGGAAAUGAUCUGUGUCGGAUGUGGUCACGUGACUCAACCAUUGACUCUCCUGCCCGGCGCCAUCUUUCAAGCAAGUCAAACGCUCACCACGGAAUAAUGGCCCAGAAGUACUCGUUUCAAUUAGCCCCACAAAAUUACAGUCAUGGGUCCGUUUCAUGAAGCUAACAAUUUUAAAAUAACAGUCAAAAGCUACUGAAAUCCUUCAAUCUGAUUGGCUGAUAGUAAAUUUGUUACAGAAAUUGUACAUUUUGUCAUAAAAAGUCUAUAUGAAACGGGACCCUGGUAAAAGAAGAUAACUUUUCAGAAGUUGAUAAGAAGUUUGAAAUAACUAUUUAUGUAUAUCUUUACAUUUAUUCUUUCUUUUGACUUGCGAGGAUCUCUGACCGACCCAUGGCUAUGGGAGUAGUGAAUGGGUCUUAAAGUAAUGGUGUGAGCACUUCCCUGGUUGGCUAAUUCAGUGCCUUAGAUGAUGGCUAAAUAUACUCUAUAAAAAACUCAAACUUUUCGCAUUCUUCGCAAUGCCAGACUGGGAGAGAACCUUUUACAUGUAAUUUUUGUUUCACCUUUCUAGUUUGAAAGGUGCAAAGUAGCACCUCGAGGUCUAAAGGUACUUCAGCACCAGAACUGUGCAAACUUGCACCAUUGAAAGAUGCUUCACAUGUGGCAUUGCAUUGCAACUUACAAGCUUUUCCUUUUCCUAUAUACAUGUGUAUCCAAAUUAUAUUAUCAAAAUAAUAUGCUUUAUAUAGUUUUGAAUUUCGCGUUUAUGAAAUUGAUGUGAAUUGAAAAAUUUAUAUAUUAUACAGGUCAAUUUAGAUGUUUAUGUUUGUUUCAUUAGUCUUUAGAAACAGUUUUCUUUUCAGACUGAUCAACUUUUUUUCUUCGAUACUUAAACCAUUCGAUAUUGUAUCUGAAAUCAAACAUUCUUAAAUUGAUUAAAAGAAAGUCUUUUUUAUGAUAUGCAGCUGGCUGUACUUUUAUAUUGGAGUGUUUUUAUCUUCCAUUUUGUAUAUAUUACAAUUUGGUGCUUUUGUAUUCGAAUGUAUUCGAAAAGCCUAGGUCCGGUUACAUAAAUACCGAUUAUUAUGGUAACUUUAAUUAAUUUUGAUUGGUUGAUGAGCCGUGUCUAUCAUGAUAUUGAUAUAUCAUAAAUAACAAAGCUAUCAUAAUAAUAAAUCUGUACACAAUGAGACCUUGGAGUGCAGUUAUUUGUACAAUUUAACUAUUAAGGGCUUGCUAUAUGUAUCAUACAUGUAUAUUCGUUUUGUGUCUUUUUAUUAUAAAUACUUUUUCGAAUCUAUGUUAAAUGAUGCACUGUGGCACAUUGUUAUUAAAGUGAAAUAUGAUAUAUGCCAAGAAAAUCGCUCAUACGAAGAAUUAUGUUCUCCUUUUAUUAAAGGCCGUGUACAAAAAUCAGUUAAAUACAUUCAAAUGUUAUCCCUUUCAUACGAAAUUUGACAAUUUAGUACGUUAUUUGUGUAUGGUACUAGAAUAAUUCAUACAGGCCUACAUUUUCGUCAAUUAAUCUAAAUAUUCUUCUAUCAUUAACUGAAUUUGUAAUGUCAGAAAUGCAAAUUGGAAUAUUGAUGUUAUUUCAGGAUACGACAAACAUUACAAGCCAAUAUGCCCGAUUAUCUAUAGCAAUGUUUCAUUUUCUUUUUUGAAGUGAAUAUUACAUAUUUAGAUUAUUUGGUGAAAAGCUUCGAGUAAAAUAAGUAUGUUUAUGCAUGAAAUCGAAUCAGUCUUUACAAACUUGUGCCAGGUCGAACAAUUCUGGGGGAAAAAACUUGAACCAAAGGCAAUGACGCCCCCAAAUAAAUGUUAUCAAUAAGUGUAAAAUAUCCACGAAAUGAUUAGGAGAAAAUGACAAUUACGUACAUGUACCAGUUUUGGGGUCAUACUAUUUUUUUUGCACAACUAUACUAUAUUAAACAAUAUUCUUGACUUGAAGAGCGCCAUCAUAUAAAUCAGUUGUGUUUUAUAUCCAGUGAUUUUCAUUCGUGGAAAAUGGUAAAUUGAUUAUUACUAUAAAGUAUUAUACAUGUAUUAGUGCUGUAUAACCAGGGGCGGCACCAGUGCAAAGGGAAAAAUGGAUGGGCUUUGGGAUGACUGCCCUUGAUAAAACAUCGGUAAAGGGAGAGAUCCCUAAAGAGAGGGGGACGGUAAAAAAUGCAAAAGAUGCAUACAAGAGAAUACGGAGUCGUAGAAAUGUAUAAUACCAAUGUUUAAAAAAAAAUACGACAUUAUCUUUAGCAUGUUAAGGUAAUCGAGCCCUCUAUUUAUAUGAAGAAUCCUGGAGCCGCCCCCUACAUUAUAUACACCUAUGUAGUAAUUGAUUGUGAUGAUUUAUUUUAUAUUAUUAUAGAUUAAAGAUUUUUCUAUUGACAAAAUAAAUGUAAAGCAGUAUGUGG